GCGCCGCCGACGCUCCUCGCCGUGUCCAAGCUCAAGCCGCUGAGUCUGAUCGCCGCGGCGCAUGCGGCCGGCCACGUGGACUUCGGCGAGAACUACGUGCAGGAGCUCGUCGAGAAGGCCGCGGCCGUGGAGGACGGCGUGGAGCAUCUGAAGUGGCACUUCAUCGGGCGGCUCCAGUCGAACAAGGUGCGCCAGCUCUGCGGCGUGAAACGGCUCGAGGCCGUGCACACCGUGUCGUCCGAGAAGCUCGUGGCCAAGCUCGACGGCGCGUGGCCCGAGCUCCAGCCGGGCGCGGGGCCCCUCAAGGUCUUCGUCCAGGUGAACACGUCGGGCGAGGAGGCCAAGGGCGGCUGCGAGCCCGCGGACGCGCCCGCGCUCGCGAAGCUCGCGGCCGCCGCGCCGAACCUCCAGCUCGAGGGCCUCAUGUGCAUCGGCAAGUACUCGGGCGCGGAGGGCGACGCGAGCCCCGACUUCGUGUGCCUGCGCGACUGCCGCGACGCGGCGGCGGCGGCGCUCGGCGUCGAACCGGCGAGCCUCGGCCUGUCCAUGGGCAUGUCCCACGACUUCGAGACGGCCAUCGAGCACGACGCGACGCACGUCCGCGUCGGCUCGACGAUCUUCGGCGCGCGCCCGGCGAAG